GAACGUUUCUGUCUGUUGGAGAGAGGAGGAUGAGGAAGUGGCUGGAGCAGGACUGGACUAGGAGAUGUAGCUACCUACACUGAAGCACCAGCAGCUGUCAGAUUACUAGCUAGGCAGCUAGAUAAUAGGAAUAUUUGACAAUGCGAUGGGCAACUGCUGGGGAUACUGUGUUGGGCUCUUCAGGAGAGAAGCCAACAGGAUCCAGAGAGGAGGCGGGUCAAAAUACUUCCGAAGCAGUACCACAGGGGAACAUUAUACAAUAGAGUUUGAAAAUCUGGUAGAGAGUGAUGAGGCUGAGAGCCCACAGCCCUGCCCAAGGCCCAUCAGCGAAGAUGAGAUCAAGCACCUCAAAGAACACUGCUACACUGCGAUCUCAGACGAGCAGAUCCUGAUAGACCAGAAGCUACAAGUGGAGUUAGAGGCACAAGAGGAGAAGUUAAGGCUAGAAGAGGAGGCUAGAAAUGCCGCCCAGCGUGAGGCCGCCAGGUUGGCACGUGAACGAAAAUUGAAGGAGCAGCUGUCUGCCCAGAGGAAACGAGGAAAAGCAGAUGGCUCCGGCAGUGAAACUCAGCAAAGGAAACAAGCCUCUGGGGAGGAUUUUGAUGUCUACCUCCAUAAUGUAAAAGCCCAGUCCGAGGCUUUCAGGAGCACCAGGCUGCCCUCUGACACGAACGUGGUGACUCCCAACACAGAGUACAGCUGGGAUUUCACCACCAAGACCCGCUCCACCAACGAUGACGGGACCUCACUGGAUCUCGAGUGGGAAGACGAGGAAGGAAUCAAUCGUGCGCUUCCAGCCUGGGAGAGGUCUCGGACAGAGGAGGACAUCCUGCGCGCAGCCCUGAGGCCCGGCAGCAAGCAGAUGAACAGCGGCCCGACCUCGGCCUCCGAGGACUCCACCGCACUGGAGUGGGAGAAUGAUUUUGUGAGUACCCAUCCAGAGGACACUGCAGACACUGAGUUUGAAGGGUUUGUCAAUCCUGUCCUAGACACUCCCUCUGAGGACGCCUCGGACUGUGGCCUCAGGUUGGACAACCAGGACAGAUAGUGUCCAGCACCAAAGGAGAGGUUUGUUGUGUGUACUCUUCGUGUCAAAGCUCACCAGCUUUUUGCCUCAUGAAAUGAAAAUGAACUUACUUGCUCUUCAUAGUCUGUAAUAUGAGACUCUGAUGCUGCGGGAAUACGUUGUAUGUAUCUCUACACUACAGUGUAGUGAUGUUUUUAUCAAAUACUCAUUUUUUCAGUGCCUUCAUUUGCCAAAUUAGCCGACCAUUUUAUGCAUUGUAACUUAAACUGAUCAGUUACCAUCCAUCAUCAUUUGACACAUUGUUUAGUAAGUGCUUCUUUUCAACGCACAGUGCCCAUGUGACCAUACAGAAGCUGCCAAGCUACUCUGAAGUCAAACUUUAUUGUAAAAGCAGAUGACUGCUCUAGGAGCUGCAUAUUAUACUCACUGAUGGAAAUGGACAUUGUACGUUGUACUUUUUAAAUCCCAGUGGGGCAAUUUGUCCUCUGCAUUUGACCUUUCCUAACUAUUUAGCAGCAGUUGACAGCCACAGCACAGUGCCCAACCAACGGCAGUUCUGAGGCCAGUGCCUUGGUCACUUGGUCUUUUGGUGUGUGAAAAAACCCACACAAACACAGAAAGUAAACAUCCAAACUACAGAAAAAGUCCUCACUCAGCCCUCAGUCUCUCUCCUUAGUUUCAGCUCUGCCCUUGCCAGUGUUCUAAAGUUAUUGCAUGAUGGCAAAAAAAACAACUGAAUUCCAUAUAAAGGUUGCUGAACAUUAGACUAAACCGUUUUGAUGAAACAGUAUAAUAUGGGGUGGUGAUGGGGUGUUAUCAUCAAAAGUUCUUCUCAGUCUUGGAUUGAUUGCACAUCAUCAAACAGGUUGAUUGACAGUGAUCUACUAUGAUAAACGCUGUUCAUGCCCGGGUGCACAGCAUGUCAUCCAACAGCAGCACCCUCAAAUAAGGCAUGGAUUAUGUGAUAUGCCGUCAGUGCAUACACUCUGAUGAAAAAGCUGUGGCCAUUGCAGUGAUCCCACUCCGGUCAUUAGUGGGGGGGUUUGUACUGGAAGGCUCAAUAUAAUACAGAGUCAUAUUGCCAAUAUGGGACCUAUAAUAGAUCAACAGUUAGGGUACCAAUGAGACAUUCAUUUAACUCCAUCCAAGCUCAAAACAGCUUUCAUAUCUGAUUAUAUGUGAGCCUUGUGUCCAGAAAAACAAGAAUACAGAAGCCCAAGCAUGAAAACACUUUCACUGUCCUUUUGCAGUAAUAUGCUCAGUAGUGUUAUGUUUCUAAAUAUACACAUUUCCAUUAGUGAACAUCUUACAACAAGAGUCCUUUUUAUAUAACAACAUAAUUAAGUACAUACAAUGACCUCUCUUCAUAGGCCCAUUGGUCUAUUGUAGGUUUUAAACAGGCCUUUUUUUGACACUUAGAUUUUAUUAGAAGAUCUUUUUUAUGUCAAAAACAAUAGCACAGAACAGCAACAUCAUUGCCAGGCACCAUGACAUCCACAUCUACAUCACAAACUUUAUAUAUUAUCGAUUAUAGACAGCAGCUCUACAUAAUUUGCAUAUAAUUAUCCGGGUUUGGCAAAGCAUACAGCAAAAAGAAGGCAAAUGAGAUUUUAAGCAGUGAGGACGAGCGAAGCAAACCACCAGCCUCAGUGUUUGUUCCAACAAAUAUAUGAUCUAAACUGGCCUUUUUCGUAGAUCGCCAGCUUCCAAACUGCUUCUUGAAAUACCUUUAUUUUUUUUCUUCAACUGCUUUUCUGGUUCAUUGUGAUAACCAGUGUUCCCAAGUAUGGAACGAUACGGAAAUGAAAAAUCCUCUGCUAUUAGCAAUGUUUUGGUAGUGCUAACUCUGGCCGUUAUUCUUGAUCCAAGUACGUGUUAUAAGUCACAAAUCCAAACAACUGGGGUAAAGCAAAAUGGUUAAGCUGUAAAUGUGAAUAAUUGUAGAAUAUAUGACAAAGGUGUAAAAACAAAAAUCACUUCAUUUAUCUUACAUUUAUUUAAGUGCAACAACUUUUUAUUGAAUCUGAUAUGAAAUCCAAACCAGUUACUCGGAACUAAAAACGUUAAUAAAUCACAAUGUGAUUGUUGUUCAAUGCUAAUAAUGAUGGCAAUAUUUUGUGGAGAUUGUCUGAGUCUGUUUGUAAAAAGAAAAGUUACCAAAUAUGCAAACUUGACUCUGUGGGGUAAACUUUGUCAUGUCCCUAUAAUUGAUCCAAUGCUGCUGUACACAUUACUGUAGUUCUUGUGCAUUACAUUUUUAUAUCCUGAGCAUGAGUUAGGACAAUAGUGUUUCACAUCGAUUAUUUAAUCAGUUUGAAUCAAAAGUAGUUUACUGAUUGCACUCCAAUGUGUGGAUUUUUAAUUUGGUGUUCUCAGCUCUUUGAAGACAUUCACUGAAAUGAUUCACUUGUGUGAAGAGGAAAAUGUGCACUACUGUUGAAGUGUGUAGACGAGACACGGGUUGACUUGCAGAGAUUUUACUUCUUAAUAUUUUGAGUGUGUAAUUUUAAAAAUACUAUUGUUUUGAGCACAUUUCAUUAUGAUGUUUUUCUGUGAUUACAUGAUCUCUGAUUAAUCACUGUAAUUUUCUGUAAAAAAAAAAAACGUACAAAAAAAACAACAACCUGUAACUUAACAUUCCUUGUCACACUGAGCAUAAGAGAAAAAAUAAAAUAUGGAAAAAUGUA